AUGUCUGGCGAUGAUCCUGAACUGUACCAGCGUGGCCUUCCGGUGGUCUCUUUCCGGUUAUCUGACGAUUUUAUCAAGGAAUACCCCUACGUGAAACAAAGCUGGAUUCAGUCUAUGCUCAGGACCAAAGGCUGGAUCGGGCCUAAAGGGGCGGAGGACGUGGAAAUCCUGCGCAUAGUCGUGCGGGAGACCUUGAGCGAAGACCUCGUUGAGCGACUUGUCGUCGACAUAUUGGAGAUCACAGAGUCGCUCAUGACCAUGAUGGAGGCUGCGACGUCUUCCAAGGGCAGUCACCAGCCUGACGCAGAGCAUGGCCGUCCUGACCAAACGAACUUUGGGUCGUCGGAUCGCGCCGAACAACAAGAACAAUCGACAUUCUCUCGCCAGUGUUGA